AAUUUUUCAAGCAGAGCAUAAAAUGUAACUUAUUAUCACAUGAACAGGUGAAUUAGAUAGUUAUGUGAAGUGAGCAGCGAAAAAAUAGUGAAAAAGAUGAAAAUGUUCAAGUUGAAUGGCACUUUUCAUCAAACAUUGGCAGUAUUGGCAGUGGUCUUCAGCGAACUUUGUCUUGGAAUUGGCAUAGGAUGGCUGGCACCCACCUUAAUCCUAUUGCAAAAGUACAACACCCACGUGAUCUUGACAUUAGAAGAAUGUUCUUGGAUAGCGUCUAUCGAACACUUCGGUAAAAUCUUCGGAGCAUUAACGUCAGCUCUAUUGGUCGACGUAGUCGGACGUAAAUUUUUAUUAACAUUCACCGCAUUCGUAUUCUUCAUUCAGUGGCCCAUUGUAAUAUUCGCGAAAUCAGCAUUGGCAUUAUGCGCAAUCAGAAUAAUAUUCGGAUUUUCAUGGGGCCUGUUCGAGGGCGCGAAUACAGUCUACUUGGGUGAAACUUGCACUCCGAAGAUGAGAAGUAUACUCGGUACAAUUGCUAUUACAGCGGAUUACUUCGCAGUAAUGAUAGAACUAAUAAUCGCAACCUAUUUCUCGUUCACGACCACAGCCGUGAUAAAUUCAGCAAUAACGUUUUUGGCAUUUUUAUCUGCGUUCUGGUUAAAAGAACCGGCUCAAUUUUUGCUCAUGAAGGGAAACCACGACAAAGCAUUGGAAAACCUUAUGUGGUUACGAGGAGUAACCGAUCCUAAUGACGUGAAAACCGAAUUCGAAGAAAUUAGUCAGGACGUGGCGAAAGAAAGAUCCAAAAAAUCAUCUCUAAAGGAAACUCUCACAGCUCCUGCAAAUUACAAAAGUGUAUGUUUACUCGUCAUCAUCUAUGGUUUAGUGGCAUCCGCCGGAUACUUUCCUGUAAUGUCCUAUUCUGCCAUGUUUUUCUCCGAAACAAACGUCUUCACAUCGAAAGAACUGACUAUUCUGCUGGGAAUGUCUCAAUUUUUGGUCGUUUGCGUUACAUCGUUCGUUAUCGAUCGAUUCAACAGAAGAUCCAUUAUAAUGAUCUCAUUUUCGAUCAUAUCCCUAGCCCAUGCUGGCUCAGCUCUUUUAUACUACGUCAACGAUAAAAUCUACCCAGUUCCGUACUUCUCUUGGCUAAUUUUUAUCACUAUGAAUAUUUUUGUCGGCGUGUUCGCCUUCAUGUAUCCGGCCAUUUUCUUAAUCCGGAGCGAACUUUUCCCUUUGAGUAUCAAGGCGGUGGGAGGGUGCUCGGCGAUUAUCAGUUUUGGUGUUUUCAGUCUGCUGACUACGAAAAUGUUCAUUUCGAUUCUCACAGCUUUUGGUAUUUACGUGAAUUUCGUGAUUUUCUCCGUGAUCAGCGCUGCGCUGGUCAUUUUCGUGUACUUUUUCUUACCUGAGACUAGGAAUAAGUCUCUGAUCGAAAUACAAAAGGUUUGGGCGAAAGAGGAUUAAAGAUCAUUCAAUAAGACCAAAUGCAUGGAUAUGGUUUUGGGAAAAGAAGUGAUUUCAUUACUCGAUCGAAAAAAGUUUUUAAAAAAAAGUGUAAAAGAGACAACAUUCAAGACAAUAUUUGAUGUUCUUGAGUAGCUAGACUAACCUUUUACAAUCAGGCUAAGGUAUCAUCAUUUUUAUUUCAUCUUCUUGGGGGGAGGGGGGAGACAAAAACAAAAAAAAACAGCACAGAAAAUUUGAGGUAAGAAUAAAAAUUGAAAAAACAAUUUGAUUGAAUAGAAUCAGUGUAUUUUGCUGAAAACUAUUAGUUUUUUCUAAGGAAGAACUUUUGUAACAUUAUCAAGUAAAUAUUGUAGAAGCAAUUAAUAAACAUACAUAUUAAGCAAGGCUGACAUUUCUUUCGAUUAUUAUAUCGUAUUAUUCUCUCAGCAUUACUUUUAAAUCCACCUACCGGCACUCACCGGCAGUUUGUAAAUUGUUUUGGUCCAAAUCUCUAUCACUUCAUAGUAAAUUUCAUUCCUUGUAGUUUUGAUCUCUUUAUCAGAAGUACAUUUGGAAGCAAAAGUAGAUAACGCGAAAAAUUUUAGAUAAGAUAUUUGCCAGAAAUAACAUGUACUGUGAUAGAAUAUUUCAGACAGAGCAUAAUAAUGUUACAUGAGCACUGAGCAAGUAGAAUAUUUAUCUAUGUGUAAGUAGGCAGCGAAAAAAUUAUUUUAAAAUACGAAAAUGCUCAAGUUGAAAGGAACUUUCCAUCAAACAUUGGCAGUAUUAGCAGGUAAUAUUUACAUUAUACUAAAAUCUUUAUUGGUAGUUUAUGGUGCAGCAGUCUAAACGUAGAUAGGAAUUUAUCUAAUUUUGGUAUACAAUUUUUAAUAGGUACUUAAUUCAAAAUUUUGAACGCUUACCACUUCAAACAUCAAAAAAAAUGAGUGAUUAUUUUUUUGAUGUCCAGAAAAUUAAAUUUUCUACAUUCUGGGCAUCCUUUAUUAGAUAUAGACACUAUUUGUAAGAUCUAGGAAUGACAUUAGAGUGGUAUUAUUCAUACUGAAAAAAUCUAUGGAAAAAAUUGUGAAAUAAGUAUGUGAAAAAUGACAAUAAAAGUACAGUCCUAGCCUAUAAUUUAAAA